GUCACACCCCUCUGAGUGAAAGGGAAGAAGAUUGAAUGAACCCUCCUCCUCCUGCCUCUUGCAUGAGGGGUGAAAAAAGAAGCCGUGUGUGUGUGUAUGAAUGCGAGAGAGCUUCACUGUGAGUCACUGCUUUGUUGGAACAACAUCUUUGCAGCCUCACAGAAGAAAACUUUUGAAUAAGACCAAAUAGAAAUAGAAGAAUAAGCCAACAUGUCCAAACCAAAUUACUCUGGUACUUUUCAUAUGGUGGAACAGGACAAUAUGGAAGCCUACCUUGCUGCUUUAGACAUCAACUUCGCACUGAGGAAGAUCGUAUGCCUGCUGAAGCCCUCCAAAGAGAUCAGUCACGAUCCGACCUCGGGGUCCAUGAAGAUCCGCACCCUCACCACUUUCAAGAACUUUGACAUGGAUUUCAUCAUAGGACAAGAGUUUACAGAAGACCUGGGCCCUGUGGACGGACGGACGUGUCAAACCACAGUGAGCUGGGACCUGGACAAGCUGCUCUGCGUACAGAAAGGUGAGAAGGAGGGCCGAGGUUGGACGCACUGGCUGGAGGGCAACAAGCUGCAUUUGGAGAUGAGAGCUGAAGGCGUCGUUGCCAGGCAGGUCUUCAAGAAGGCCGAUUGAAGUGUCUUUUGAAAUGAAUAAGCUCAUUUGUAUAGGAAAUAGUCAUUUUAAUUACUAUUAUGAUAUGUUAGAAGGAAUGUUAAUGUUUGUGUGUUGUGGUACCCAUUAGAGUGACAGCAUGUGUAAUCAUUCCAUUUGGUUCAGAGGGAGAAAAACUCGCUGUCCAAAUACUUUUUGACCUAACUGGAUGUGCACAUUGCAUGAUUGUCUGUCUUGGCAAUGUCAUAAACGGU